AUGAUACCCCCACAGACGGUUGUGCUGCAACUAAUCUCGGGUUUGCUACAUAUUCCUAUUACGGAGCUCAACCAUAACUGCAGCUUUGUGGCUCAGGGUGGAAACUCAUUAGAUGCAGUCAGCCUCUCUCAAGCCUGCAAACAGUCGGGUAUUCUCCUCGCCGUCCAAGAUAUCCUAAGGGCCUUUUCAGUGGCCGACAUUGUCGACGCAGCCUCCUUACAGCCGACGGAUGAUUUGAUCAACAAUAAAUCAACCGCAUACAUUGGUUUCAACCCCAGAGAUUCGCAACAAAUACAACGACCGAAUCGAUAUCCUGUCACCGACAUGCAACUGACUUUCAUCAAUGGAAGUGAAGCGCGUCCGGGAACGAAUAUCAUUCGACAUCAACAACCAUGUGCUCCAGAGCGAAUAUCCGUUCUCAAGCAGGCCUGGAAGAAUGUGCUGGAGGCGGAGCCAAUUUUCCGCACCAGAUUCGAACUCAAGAAUGGGAUUGGCUAUCUCGUCGAGAUUGAAAGACCUACCUUUGAGUGGGAGGAGGUUAUCGCCAAUUCCGAAGAAGAGUACCAGGCUAUCCUCGAGGAACUACCCACGAUGACUGAGGUCAGCUUUCGCUUCAAGGUAGUCAUUCAACAACUUCCCAACUCCCAACCCACAGUAGCAUGUGUCAUGUGGUCUGUCCACCACGCUCUGGUGGACGGAUUUUCGAUGCAAAUUCUGUUGGACCGGGUCGAAAACGUCGGUCGAGGGCACUUGGCCCAACCCGGCCCCUCGUUCGCAUUACUAUCAACUCAGCUUCGACAAUUACAACAAACAUUAAAAGCAGAGGGGCGCGAGUUUUGGGAGGAACAGACAGCCCGUUUCCCCGCUGCUUCAGGGGAAAUCCUCUUACCUCCGCCGAGCGAGACAUCCGAGAAGACUCGUUCGCUUCUUCACAGCAUCACACCCGAUAUAUCACAGUCUCGGUUACAGUCUUACGCCAAAGAGCUCGCAGUGACACCUGCAUCAAUCUACAUGGCAGCGUGGGCACUGGUCCUGUCUCAGUUCAGCGAUUCAGACACGGUGGUAUUUGGCACAGUCAUCUCAGGACGUAACUUGGAUAUUCCGGGCGUUCUCGAAACCGUGGGACCGCUGGUUAACACGCUGCCAUUACAUGUCUCACUGGAGGAUCAGAUUAUGAGCUCCAAACUUUUAAAGAAAGUUUUCUCCCAGCUACUCGAACUGGCCUCCUUUCACUGGACGACACCAGAACACGGCUACCGCCGUGAAUUCUCCUCGGCCGUGGCAAUGCAAUAUGAGACCGCCAUGAGGGAUGACUUCGUCGGCUACCCAAAUCAAACGACCCGGACCCUGAUCAAUAGCGACAUUCCGUUGAGUAUCAUGGUGGCACCCGAUGGGGAGCUUCACAUGCAUUACCUUAGCACUCACUUCAGUGUUGAACAAGUAGAACUUCUGGGACACCAAUAUGCUAAAUCCCUAAGAGCUCUCUGUCGGCCUUCAUACACAGUUCAAAUGUGUCGAGAGGACCUCAUGGGAACAUCAUUCCGCCAACGUCUAAUGGACUAUGGGAAUUGCUGUUCUGGGCUGACGACCGAAACGUCGAUCGACGACGAUCUGGUCACCUUGUUUGAACGUGCAGUGACAAAUGAUCCGGCCACAAUGGCAAUAGAGCGCACCGGAUAUUCGAUGUCUUAUCGGGAACUCGAUGAGAAAAGUAGCCGGCUGGCCUGUUAUCUCAAAGACACCAUCCAUGUCUGUGAGGGAGAGAUUAUAUGUGUGCAUGCCGACCAAUCUAUGAACUGGAUCGUGGCGAUCUACGCAAUUCUAAAGGCGAAUGGGAUUUACUGCCCUUUGAACCAGAACCUAACACCUGAACUACGGUCCUCGAUUUUUGAAUCAUCCACCAGUCGGUUCUUUAUCGUCCCGGACGUGUUUGAUGCUGUUGCCAAACCUCCCACCUGCGAAGCGCUUAUCCCGGUAGAAGAGAUUCUUACCUCAACAGAAUUCACUCACGAUGCCAUUGAAUCAUCAUGGAGGGUGCCGCGCGCCAAUCCGACUCCUGCAGCAGCAGCAUACCUGUGCUUUACUUCAGGUUCCACGGGAAAGCCAAAAGGCGUCAUAUGCACUCACCGCGGUCUCGUUGCCUUCCAGCGAGACCGGGAAGUGCGAUUGUUCGCCGGGCCUGGUAAGAGGAUUGCCCAGCUCAUGUCGGUAUCAUUUGACGGAUCCAUUCAUGAGCUCUUCUCGGCUCUCAGUUAUGGUGCUACACUGGUACUUCCUGAUUCCACGGGGCCUUUUGACCAUGUAAAGCGGGUGGACUCGGCGAUUUUGACUCCAUCUGUCGCCAAGGUCCUUAGGCCUUCCGACUUUCCAGCACUCACUAAUGUGUAUUUAGUAGGUGAGCCGGUACCCCAACACGUCAACGAUUCGUGGGCAGCAUCCAAACAACUAUACAACAUGUACGGUCCAACCGAAGCCACUUGUGGGGCGACUAUAACUAGACUUGUGUCUAAGAAGCCACCAACCAUAGGGCGUCCCAAUCCGACGACGCGAAUCUAUAUCCUCAACAGCAAGCGGCAGAUGGUUCUGCCCGGUGUGAUUGGAGAGAUUUACCUAGCUGGGGUCCAAGUGUCCAAUGGCUAUCUCAACAGACCAGAUGCAACGCGCGAGCGAUUCUUCGAGGACAAGAUUUGUGCUGGCCUACGAGAGCGCAUGUAUGCGACUGGGGAUCUGGGAUACUGGAACCAGGCGGGCGAUCUGGUCUGUCUGGGCCGAAACGACCGACAGAUCAAGCUGCGCGGGUUCCGUCUAGAUCUUGACGACCUCGAAACCCGCAUCGCGAGAUUGCCCGGAGUGACUGCGGCGGCGGUCGUACGCCAGAACGAUCAUCUCGUCACUAUGUUGCAGCCCAGCAGUCUCUGCAUAACUGCAAUCCGGCCUCAACUGGCCGGAAUUCUUCCAGUUCACGCGAUCCCAAAGUACAUCCUUGCGGUUGAUCAAUUCCCACUUACUGCGGUGGGCAAGCGCGAUUAUCGACAGAUUCUGGCGAUGGUCGCUGGCGCCAGAACUCCUACCUCAGAGAAAUUGACAACCUGUGAGUACAAGAUUGCCUGCAUCUGGGCUGAACUCUUGGAGAUCCCCAGCCUGGUCAGGAUCUCGUCAGAGUCCGGCUUCAUCGAAUUGGGCGGACAUUCUAUCCUACAGCUGCGCUUAGCCAGCCGAUUGAGUAGUGUCUUCGGCCUCGCUGUCUCCCCUCGAUUGGUUAUCGAAGCGGGUACUUUACGUGAUCUGGCACUUGAAGUCGAGAAGUUAUCCGUUAAUAGGAAGCCGGGCAAGGUGGAAGAAAAUGGCCUUGCCAGGAAAAAGAUGAAGAACACAAUCAGCUGUCGCCAGCUUUCUCCCAUGGAGACGGAAUGGCUUACCAAAUACGUUCUGGAUUGCGGCACCUCAGCGUUCACUGUGUCGUUGGCCUUCGAGGUAAGGACCCCCAAAAGGCGGAUGCAGUUGAUCAAGGCCUGGGAUCAGGUUUUGGCGCGACAUGAAAUCUUGCGCUCGCGGUACGUCCAGGGCCUACCAGGAUGCUUCCACCGGAAGACCUUUGAACAUCGUCCUCAAGUGCAGCUCGUCCGGUCUCUGAACCUCUGGAAGGAAGUGAAUCGACCUUUCCGCCUGGAUAUGGAAUAUCCGGUUCGAGUUCUAUCAUCGCCCGAUAUUACUGUGAUUACCGCAACUCAUACCGUCUGUGAUCUCACCACAAUGCAGCUACUCCUGAAUGAAGUGACAAGCAUCUGUGAGGGGAAUCCUGCAUUACCGAUAGAUCGAUCCUAUAUCGACUCCGAUGUCUGGUCUCAGGUCGGGUCCGAGGAAGACAUGGAAUUUUGGGCCGAAUACCUUGCUGAUAUUCCGCCACCUGAGUUUCCCCUCCUGCCAAAAUUUCCAUUGAAUCGAGUCAACUACCACGGUACUAGUUACAUUGCGCUCAUGCCACCGGGAAUGGGCCGGAAUAUGAGCAAUUUCACAAACCGGAACAGUAUCACACCCCAUCAAUUAUCCCUAGCCGCAGUGGCACUAGCUCUUCAGCCAGACUCAGAUACCGUUGACGUUCUUCUGGGUGCUCCGCAUCUAAAUCGGCCAUCCGUGAGCGAUAUGGAAACCGUCGGGUUGUUUCUCGAACCCCUGGGGGUGCGGGUACAGUCCCCGAGCGAAACAAUGGCAAUGUCAACAAAAUCAUUCCUAGAGGGCGUUCAACGGUCGAGCCAAGCGGUGCUGGCUCAUGCUGUGCCCUGGACACAGCUAUGGCGCCACUUUGACAGCACAGCUGAGUUUCCAAACCAUCCACUAUUCGAUGUGAUGGUGUCCUUCCACGGCCAUCAGAAUUCCUUGGAGCUCCCCCUCGAUGGGACCCAACCACUAUAUACCUGGGCUCAGGGCUCAAAAUUCAAGCUCAUGUUUGAAUUCUCAGCAAUUUCAGCGGAGGAACUUCUCCUCCGAAUAGAGUACGACCACGCGUUGUUUUCAUACGAGGAUAUUAAUCGAACGCAGUUCUUGGUUAGAACCGCACUAGAUCUGCUCAUACGGGAAAGCGAAUGGGGGGAUAUCAAAUCGGGAUUAAAAAGAGCGAUGGACGCCACGCCUGAUACAUCGGGACAAUUGGAUCCGGGGACUGUUUUCGGAAUGAAGAUCGAGGAACUUUGCAAUGCAUGA